AUGUUCUCUGAGGCUAUCAGCAACCCAGAAAUUCUUUUGGGUUUUGUUAGAAGCUUUGCUUCUGCUGUUGAACUUUCGGUGGUUUCGCUCAGGGCCGUGAAAAGCCGUCCCUUAACGCUAAUUGCGAGAGAGAGAGAGAGAGAGAGAGAGAGAGAGAGAGCUUAAUACCAGUAUUUGAGUUAUGUUUCUUUGUUGAACUGGGCACUGCCCAAUUGGCUCCUUCAAACUUAAGAGUAGUCCAAAUUUGGAGCUAGAAGUACCAUUUUCUUGUCUUUCUUCCCUUCUAAAUGGUUGUCAUGCUUAGUGCCCGUCUUCACACCAUUAACUAUGCUCUUCCUUCAGGUAGAGAUUGUAAGUACACAGGUCAAGCAGUGAGAGCACUCCCUCUACGAAUAAUAUCAGUAGGGAAAAAGAGAUCACAAGGUGUACAACUCAUAGUGGAUGAGUACAUUGAAAAGCUUAAGCUCUACUGUAGUGUUGAGGAUGCUCACAUACGGAACAAUCCUAAAAAUGCACGUGAUUGGAGAGCUCAGGUUGAUCAUGAAGACAGUGCUGUUAUGGAUCUUAUCAGGUCUGACGAUUGGGUUGUGCUGUUGGAUGAGCGUGGGAGAGACAUAGGGUCCGAGCAGAUGGCUGAGUUGGUGGGGGAUGCUGGAAAUACAGGAGCUUCAAGACUAUCAUUCUGCAUUGGUGGACCGUAUGGUCAUGGAAAACGAUUGCGAGAGCGUGCUGAUGUUUCUGUCAAGCUGUCUUCUAUGGUAUUAAACCAUCAAAUUGCAAUAGUUGUGCUCGUAGAACAACUCUAUAGGUCGUGGACUAUUCUGAAAGGACAGAACUAUCAUCGUUAGCCUUUCGUUUCCCGUUCUGAACAAUGCUAACAGGCAUCGGCAACAUAUACAUCAGAGUAAGAGUAACACACUGGAUUGACAGGGUUGCUGGUGGCUUAAACGUGUAUUUGGGUUUGUGGAACUAAAUUGUUCUAUAGUUCUGAAAUUCAUACACUCUUUUUCUUACUCUCAGUAAUGUAGUGGAUUAAACCUCAAUGAGAAAGAAAUUACAGGUAUUAAAGGAGUUUCAUGAUAGAUCGUUUCUGUGAACCUUUAGCCUCACAUGGCAAAGUUUUGAAUUUUAAUCCAACACAUAACUAUUGAUCAUUCAUGUUCAAAU